CCGAAGGUUGUUUACUGGUUAUAUUGUGCCAAAAAGCGUGUAAGACAACCAAAAAUGACCACUCAGGCGCUUUUAGAUUUGGAUCUUGGAGAAAGUUCAUCAGAUAGCGAUUUCAGAAUAGAAGAUCAUGAUAGCGAAGAGGAGGAUCCGGAUAGUAAUGAAGAAAACUCGUCUUCUAACAGCACUGACAACGAAAGUAUAUCGGAUGAUUUGUCACCGGAGCAACAUAAAAUUGAUGUUUCCAAGCCCCAAGUCAAUGGUUUUAGAGAAAUAAGAGCUUUGCAGAAAGUAGACAUACAUCGAUAUAUAGAGGCCAAAAAAGCAGUAAAACCUAUUUGUUGCGUAUGCCUGGGGGAUCGGAGUGAUGACUCAAACGAAAUAAUAGAAUGUGAUGGCUGUGGGGUAUCUGUACAUGAAGGAUGCUACGGUGUGAAUGACAAUUUGAGUAUUUCAAGCACAAACUCUACAUGUUCGACUGAACCGUGGUUUUGUGAAGCUUGCCGUGCCGGCGUUUCCGAACCAAUUUGUGAGCUAUGUCCAAAUAAAGGUGGAAUAUACAAAGAAACGGAUGUAGGAAAGUGGGUGCAUUUAAUUUGCGCUUUAUAUAUACCAGGAGUUGCUUUUGGGGAAGUAGACCAACUAUCUUCUGUUACUUUAUUCGAAAUGCCCUACAGCAAGUGGGGAACUAAAGUUUGUAGUCUUUGUGAAACUCCGCGAUUUGCACGAACAGGUGUUUGUAUUGGAUGUGAUGCUGGCAUGUGUAAGACAUAUUUCCAUGUAACUUGUGCCCAGGUGGCUGGAUUUCUAACGGAGGCACAUCAUGAAGAAGCAGAUGCAGCCGAUCCUUUUUUUGCUCACUGUAAAGUGCAUUCGGAGAAAGAAAUGAUAAAGCGUCGAAAAAGAAAUUACUAUAAUCUACGGUUAAAUAUGCAAGAAAAACAGAAAGGAAAAAUUUUAUUUAAGCAUGACGAUCCCUGUCCAGCUCAGUUACGUAUUAAACGCAAACUCUUAAAAUAUCAGACAAAGUAUUCGAACAACAAGAAGUUGAAACCCGCUCCUUGGGUACCAACUCAAAAAAUGUCGCGUCUUUUAACAACUUCUGCUUCGGCAUGUAAGCGAUUAUUGUCAAAGGCAAACAUAAUGGCCAUUGAUGUGGAAUUGCUUGAACGACAAGAAGCACAGAUUGCAUCUCUGACGGAUAUUCGCAAAAAGUGGCACAUAGCUCCUGCCUUUAGUGUUGAAUUUAUUGGUUACUACUUGGAUCGUAUUUCACGAACAACAGAACUUAAAUCAGAGCUUUCAGAAAUGAUGAAAAAUAACCUUAGCCUUUCCCAGGAACAAGAUAUACUUCGGACUAGUUAUGACACCAAACUGGAGAAAUAUAAAGAGUUGAAGAUAAAUCAGUAUCAUAUCGUAAAGCGAUAUUAACUGGGGGCUCAACCAAACCUGUAAGCCAUCACAAUCCAUUGAGGAAAGGGAUAGGAAAA